AUGUUUUUUGAUUUUCUUUUAGGAUUGAUUACUGUAAUAAUUGUUGGUUUCUCAACUGGAUUGAUACUGCUCAAACUCAAGUCGAAUUAGUAUUUUGAUAAAUUAUUUGCAAGAUCAUUAGAAAUCUAAUUAUCUUUCUGA